UGUCGAACUGUCAAUUGCGUUUUUGGAAAAUUUUACAAUUUUUUAUUUUCAGAACGCGGUUAAUUCGCCAAAUUCGACCGAGUUCGAAGGCAUUUUUUCUACCUCGUUAACGUAUCGGAACAUCACGAAAAGCCUAAAAUAAUUAUGACACGUUCAGCCAAAACACAGUACUUAACCUGAUCUAUUUUUAACCGAAUUUUUUAUGGAUUACUCGUUCGAAAAUCACCCAGUUUAGUCAUGGACUCGAUUUUUCACGAAAAGCAAGAGGGUUCCCUCUGCGCCCAACACUGCCUCAACUCCCUCCUCCAAGGGCCCUACUUUACGGCUGUCGAUUUGAGUGUUUGGGGCGAAAAGCUCGACGAAGAAGAGCGCGUUAGGAUGGCCGAGUCGGGUGAAGAGAGUGAAGAAUACCGCAACUUCCUUAAACAGCCAUCGGGCAACAUGGAUGACAGCGGUUACUUUUCCAUCCAAGUGAUCAGCAAAGCCCUCCAAGUAUGGGGGCUGGAAAUAGUGCCUUACACCAGCGCCGACGAGCGCGUCAAAGACUGUGACCCAAGUAAAAUGCAAGCGUUCAUUUGUAACUAUCAGAACCACUGGUUCACCAUUCGAAAGAUUGGUAAUCAGUGGUUCAACCUCAACUCUCUACUCGCCAGACCUGUCUUGAUAUCGGACACGUAUUUGGCUCUGUUUCUAGCUCAAUUAAAGAAUGAGGGCUAUUCCAUUUUUGUAGUGUUUGGUGAACUGCCCCCUUGCACUGCCGAUGAAGUUAUUAGACUUAAUCCUGUUGUGCCACCUAUAAAUAAUACUCCUUCGUGCGAGGAAGAUCCUGAACUGCAAGCAGCAUUAAAGUUAAGUUUAAGUCAAGAGUUUGAAGAGCCUGCCAAUUCGGAAGAAGAAGAACUACAAAGGGCACUUAUGUUAAGUUUGUCAUGUGAUAAUGACGAAGAAUCAAACUUGAGAAAGGCGCUGUUGAUGAGUAUGGACAAUGCAUGACGAGACGCAGUGUAGGUUGUUGUAGGUGAUAAUUUGAAAAAAAGUCAUGUCACACGAGACUGUAGGUGUAUUCAGUUUUUACUAACACACUGAUGCAUGGAUUAUGUCGUAGAUGGAGAAUUUUUUUCUAAUAAAACUAAUCGCAAGAGCUGUUGUUAUUGACCAGAGUUUAUUAUUAUUUUUUUAAUAUAUUAUGGAACUUCAUUUUAUGUUUAAUGUUUAAAAUGUAUUUUUCAACUGUUUUAUUUCUACUUGCUUAUAUGUUUAUAUGUAAAAUGAUGUACCUGCAUUAUAUAUUUUUAAGUUUUGGUGUUUUGUCAUGUUUUAUAUGUUAUAUAAUGAUUCAUGUGACAUCUAUUAUGUACUUAAUUAAAUUAUUUUGUUAUCACUAUUUGUGUCAUUGCACUAAUUAGCAAAAUGAAAAAGCACUUCGUGUAGUUUGAGUUACAUUGAAUUAGUUUGAGGUGAAAUAAGAGUUCAUUAGUUUAAUACUCUGUGGCUACAAAUUAUUUUUAAUUUUAGUUUAUGUACUCGUACAUAUGUUAACAAAAUAACUUGUUGAAAUUAAUAAUAGACAUCACUUGUGUUACUUCUUUUUGUUCCUUUACAAAAUUACAAUACCAGAGUGAAGAUGGGAAAAGUUGUAAGUAUGUGGAGGAAUAAACAGCAACACACAAGACAAGCAAAUGUU